UAGGCCGAACCAAGAUGUUUGGUACCGAUCAAGAUUCCAGAUCGACCCAAAGUGGCGUGGGUGGCUAUACCACAAAGCGUCACUUUCGGCGGCCUCUUACAUAUGCAGCGACAGCCUGCUGAGGAAGAAUGAGUACUACCGCCCCUUGCAAGACCUAUUCGGUCAUGUCAUGGAGGCAGCAAUUGCCCAAAGUGAGACACUCAACCCACUGCUCGGAGCGACGUGGCAGAUUGUCUCAAAGUUGGUCUGCCAACGCGCUAAUCGCUCGCUUCGGAGUUACGCAACUGAGCCCAAGUUCCCUUUCUGGAGGUACGAGGAGGAACAUAGAAAACCGAACACCGUCGUCCAGCGACAGCACCCUCAGGAUUCAGAUCUCGCUCUUCAGCCACCCGACCGCAAAAUUAGUAGUCCGAAAGAUACUAGAAGUAUUAACUAGGAGCUCCUUGCAAUCCUACAGACACCCCAGACGCUAUAUACUUACCUGUCUUGUACAUGUACCACAGCCUUUUGGCAACUGUAUACGCUGCCAAGCUGAUCCUCGAACAAUCGGACAAUCCCCUUCUGUGGUCAACAGCUUCGUAGCCGUCAGCAAUUGGACCGAAUUCGGUGAUAUAGCCGCCGUGGCAAGGUAGAAGGAAUAACGUCUUGCCGCGAUCGGUAACAUGAGAUCACUGGCCAGGUUUCUGCGAUUAGCAAAGGCAAAGGCAAAGAUGCA